AUGUUAUUUUUAUUAAUUGCCAUAGUAUUUACUAAAGAAGAUUAAAGUAUUAGGAUUUCUUAAAGUUGUGCCACUAAUCUAACAGGUUAUUUUUGGAAUGAAUAAUAAUGUAUUAAAUGUAAAUAGCCCUCUUGUAAAUGUUCAUCAUCACAAGGUUGUGAUUCAUGUUUGAAUUAAUACUAUUAUGAUUCAAUUAAUUAGAGUUGUACUCCUUGUCCCAAAGGAUGCAUUAAAUGUUGUAAAUCCCCUGAAUUAACUUAAUACAUCUGUACACUUUGUAUUGAUGGAUAUAUCAUGAUAAAUGGAGUGUGUCUAAAAGUUGAAGCAUGCACCCAAAUUUCAAUUCAUGGAAGAUGUUAAAAAUGUUUCGAUAAACACUUUCUAUAAGAAACAUGUUAGGCAUGUCCAACUGGAUGUUCAGCUUGUGAUUCUAAGUAUUAUUGCACUGUUUGUGAAGAUGGUUAUUAUAUGACUAUUAAUUAAUAAAGUGUCAGUUGCUUAACUUGUAAUAUUUUGGAAAAUCAAGAUGGAUGCAAAUCAUGUGUUUUCAAUAAAGAAUAAUUAGUUUGUUUAGAAUGUCUGGAUACUUAUUAUUUUGAUUAAGAAAAUUAUUUAUGUCUAAAAUGUCCAAGUGGAUGUUUCACAUGUUAAGACCCUAAUUAACUUCCGUAAAUUUGCUAUACAUGUCUUCCUGGUUAUUUAUUAUCUGAUGAUGAUUCUUAUUGUGAGAAUUGUUAAGAAUAAAUUCCUAAUUGUAUGAAAUGUACUACUAAUGAAAGGAGUAGGAAUUUCUAAUGUAUAGAUUGUAACAAUGGAUACUAUUUAACAACUGAUUCAAAAUCUUGUGAACCUUGUAAUAAUGGUAGCAACAAUUUUAGAAGAUGCAACUCUGAAAUUCUACCUACUUAAUGUAAUGUAGGUUAUUUACUAUUUAAAGAAUCAAAUACUUAUACUUGUAUUAAAAAUAUAUACAAUUGUUAUACUAUUGAUAAUACAUAAGGUCAAUGUCAUGAUUGCAAUUUUGGAUUUAAUUUAGUAUUUGAUUCAGCAUUAUAAAUGAAUAUAUGUAAGAAUUGUACAUAAAAUAUCUAAAAAUGUAUUACUUGUGAUGUUGAUAAUGAUAAAUAACUUAUCUGUAAAGAAUGUAAUGAUGGCUAUUUUGGAAAUUAAUGUGUUCUUUGUACAUCUAAUUGUUAAAAAUGUUUAAAUGAAUCAUAAUGUUAAACAUGUAUUCCUGGAUAUUAUUUGGAUGAUUUAUAAUAAUGUCAAAGUUGUGAGGUUAGUUUUUGUUUAGAAUGUGGAGGAUUAAAGGAAUGUAUAAAAUGUGAAAUAGGUUAUGGACUAUUUGAUACAAUUUGUAAACCAUGUUUAACUGGUUGUGAAAAUUGUGAUGGAGAUUUAGAUAAAUGUAAUAUUUGUAGAGAUAAAUAUUAUUUAACUACAACUGACAAUAAUUGUAAAAGAUAUAAAGAAAAUUGUUUAGCUACAAAUGUUAACGGUUAUUGUUAUCUUUGUGAAACUCAGAUUAGUUUUGAUGAAUCACGUAAUCUUUUUUAUGAUGAGGGAGAAGAGACUCCAAUAUUUGAUGAAUAAUCAGAUAGUUAAUUUUUUAUCAGCAACAAUGGUUAUUGUUUAAAAUGUAAUGAUUAUAUAACUGGAUCAUUUAAUUGUCCCUAAAUUUGUAAAGUCGAUGAAGAUUUUGCUUAAUAUCUUUUACCCAUCAUAUUGAUAUUAUUAAUAUUUUAAUGA